AUGACCACCGAUGGAGAUACAAAUGACGUUUUGAAUUACUUGUGGGGGGAAGUUGACCCUCUUAACAAGGGAUUCAUAUAUGGUAGGGAUUUCCCAGAGUUUAUAAGAGAAUUGCAUAGAUUGCUGCCGCCGCAGCACCUAUCAACCACCUACGAUACUGCGUUGAUUGGUAAUUUUGGGAAGGAACAUAACACGGAGAAGAUUUACAAAGUUAUACUAGACGACUAUUUGGAGGGGCUCAUUGGUACCUCUUUCAGUGAGUUUGUCAAAAAGAAUCAAAUUUCGCUUCCUAACCGGAAGGAAAAUUUACCGGAAAAUGGGAGCAAUAUACCAGAGGGAGCUGAAUUAAAACCACCGCUGCUUGUUCCAGAACACCUCGGCCAUCAGAAGGAGCCGGAAAAGAACUCUAUUCCUCAAACUGAAUUGUAUAAACUCAAAUAUGAGCAACUGAAGAGCGAAUACGAAUUUUACAAGAAACGCACAGCAGAGGAUACUUGGAAGAGGCAGGGUGCAUCCCUGAACGAUGAAUACAUCUUACACGAGUUCAGAAAACAAGUAAACGAACAGUCUGAUAUUAUUCUAAAGUUAAAAUCUCAGCUAGAUAGGAGAGAACCUGUAAAGCUGCAAGAUCCACAAGAAAGUGAUAACCGAAAUGAACCAAGCGGCGAAAGGUACCAACGGGGCGUCCAAAAACUUCGAACAUACAUCAAAUACAUUGCGUUGCCUCUGCUACUCUGGGCAAUAAUACACUUCGCGAUCUUACCUUCCGACCAAGACGAUAUAGAUAUGGCACCAUACCAGCUCGAAAAUUGGUGGGAAAAAAUACCUCUACUGAAUGGAUUAGUAAGUUACUUCUCAGAUAUACUGAACGACUACGCAGAACCGUCUGUAUCACCUUCACACAUGUCGGCUGAGAACAUUGAGGCUUAUAACGAGAUAUUCGGGAUACGGUAA